GCCGGGAGCAGCCCAGACCGGGAGGAGGGAGCCGGAAACAACAGCGAGGACGAGUAUGAGACGGCAUUCCGCACCCAGACCGACCCCGACACGGCCGAGCAGCAGGAACACUGGUUUGAGAAGGCCUUGCAAGAGAAGAAGGGAUUUAUCAUCAAACAGAUGAAGGAAGAUGGAGCCUGUCUGUUCAGAGCUGUUGCUGACCAAGUGUACGGCGACCAGGACAUGCACGAGGUGGUCCGGAAACACUGUAUGGAUUAUCUGAUGAAGAAUGCUGACUACUUUUCAAACUAUGUGACAGAAGAUUUUACAACAUACAUCAACCGGAAGCGAAAAAACAACUGUCAUGGCAACCACAUUGAGAUGCAAGCAAUGGCAGAGAUGUAUAACCGGCCUGUGGAGGUCUAUCAGUAUGGAACAGAACCAAUCAACACAUUUCAUGGCAUCCAGAAGAAUGAAGAUGAGCCAAUCAGAGUGAGCUAUCACCGGAAUAUCCACUACAACUCUGUUGUGAACCCCAACAAGGCCACAAUAGGCGUAGGCCUGGGGCUGCCGUCUUUCAAACCCGGGUAUGCUGAGCAGUCACUGAUGAAAAAUGCCAUCAGAACCUCUGAGGAAUCCUGGAUUGAGCAGCAGAUGUUAGAAGACAAGAAAAGGGCUACAGACUGGGAGGCUACGAAUGAAGCCAUUGAAGAACAAGUAGCACGGGAGUCCUAUCUACAGUGGUUAAGGGACCAAGAGAAGCAAGCAAGACAGCCUCGUAAAGCAAGUGCCACGUGCAGUUCGGCCACAGCAGCGGCAUCAAGUGGACCUGAGGAAUGGAGCAGUCGCUCACCAAGGCAGCGGAGUACCGCAGGGUCCCCAGAGCAUCCGGACAUCCAUGGAGAACACAGUGUGAAGCCUCCUUCCCCAGGGACCCUAGUAUUAGCCAAGCCUCCCUCUCCCUGUGCGCCAGGCCCCAGCAACCAGCCAUGUGCGGGAGGUGACAGAGCCACCUCACCCCUUGUAUCCUUGUACCCGGCCCUGGAGUGCAGAGCCAUCAUGCAACAUAUGUCUCCCACAGCUUUUGGACUUCAUUGGGAUGAAGAUGAAAUUCUGGCUAAAGUCUUGGCUGUAUCACAGCAGGAAUACUUGGACACGGUGAAGAAAACUUCCUUACGCAGAGAACCCUCCCCCGACCACAGCUGAUAUCCUGGAAAAUUAUUUUGGCUGUUCCCUGUCCUGCCUAGGGCAACCUGUUAUUUGUGCAAUGCACUCAACUCCUGUCCUUCACUAUGUCUGUCCGUGCUUGCCAUCCCCUCCCUCUCUGUAUCAUGCUCUUCCUGUGACCUCCACAUGUGUAAAUGUACUUUACUGUUACCCCACCGAGGACUUUAUAGCUGCAUGCGACGGAGGAAAUUCAUCCAUGAAUGGGAUGCUGCCUGAUAGGUGCUUUUUAAACCCAAACCUCCUUCCUGUUCCCUUGGCGGGGGAAAGCCUGACUUUGUGUCCCCACCUUUACCUUUUGGACCGUAGUACACAGGGGAGAUUUGUUUUUUAAUUAAAGACUAAGUCGGCAGGUGUGUUCUGGGACUCUCCACACGUGUACCACUUUUGUAACUUUUUUUUUUUUUUUUUUUUUUUGUAUCUUAAGAGGAAGAUCCAAUCACUUAGGAAUAACUUUUCUUAUUAAGAAGGAAAUACCCAAUGAAAAAAGAAGCAUUAUUGGUACUGCUUGGAAUUAGCGAGGUUGCCUGUGGUGAUCAUGUGAUAUGUCGGGAGCUCGGCUCUCGGACAUUUGAUUUCACUGGUGCAUGACUGUCACAAUAUGCGCUCUGCCUCAGAGACAUUGAUUUAGGGACACAGGAGCUCUGGCAAUAAUGAUUCUGAAGAGGCCACUUUCGUGUGGAUCCAUGUUUCCUGGACGAGAUGCUACAUGGUGAACGCUGUAAUUAAACUGACUGCCAGUGCCACCUGGUUUUGCUAUAUGAGUGAAUGUUGCUGCACCUGUGUGUUUGAUAAGCACAUGGGGAGAGCAGUCGUAUUGCUCUGGGAAGGACGACACAAAAGAGAGGAUCCUGGUAGCAGUGGGCAAUGUUUAAAGGCAGUAGGGCUCUAUCUCCCUGAUGUGGCUAAAUGAGUGGGACAUUCCAUUAAAUAAGCAUAAGUGAAGAGACAGAUGUAAUAUACCAACGAGGGCUUACUAUGUGCUGUCUAUAAUCCAAGAACUCAUCAAAUGAGCCAGACCACCUGCUGUGUACGCCUGGUGCGGGCUCCAGCAAUUAAUGGCAAGUAGAACAGAAAUGCCACCCAGUGUUUACAGGAUACAGUCAAUGUAUUAAAGUGUCACUGACUUGGUAUGUGUCCGUCAAAGCCAGGACGAGCGGAAGCUGAGUUACUAUGUACAGCUAGCUGCACUGUGCUAUACACGUUAUUAGAUCCUGCUAUUGCGCUAAAAAUACCCACCAUCCUAUUCUGGCAUUAUAUGUACUGUGUACAAAAAAAGUCGCAUUUAGAAUUAAAAGAAAA